AAUGAGAACUCGGCUUGUGGGCCCCGACGCCUCCGCCGCCGGACGUCAAGAGUGUCACAACAAUCUUCAAUUACGGUGAGCCCCUGGGAGCUCUGAGAACAAUUGGGAAAUAUGAGAAUUAAGCUGGAUCUCAGCGACUUUUUAGAGGAUGAGAGGAAGCUGGUGGUUCUGAGUGUCAACGAGGAGGAGGCGCGGACGGUGCGGGAUGUGCUGGCCAAGAUAAUCAAGCUGUUCAAGUUGAGUCCUUGGCACCAGGACGACGCAGAUAUUGUACACAGCAAGAAACUGAAUCUGGGACUUUUUGAAGAGGAGUUUUUCCUACACCCUGAUGAGACCUCCUCAGUCCUCCAUGGAAUUGGUCUUCUCAAAUUAAAGACACUACCAAGUUCUCAAGAGGCAGAGGGAAAGAAGAAGAAAAAAGGCAAGAAAAAAGCUAAAGAAGAGGACAAAUCGGUGAAUGAGACAGCGAAGGAGAAGAGGAAAAGGAAUGCAAGUCCAGAUGUUCUGCCACCACAGAGGAGAGAGGAAAGAAGGGAAAGAAGAAUAAAGGUAGAGGAUGUAAUAAGCACUUCUGAGAGUGAUUCUAAUGUUAGAGAAGAAACUUCAAGGAAACGUAAAAGAGCAUCAACUUCAGAAGAGGAGAGUUCCAUAGAAGAAAGCAGAGGGAAAAGAAAAAGUAAAAGAAGUAAGUUUUCAAAACUUGAAGCAAAUUUCUGUGAUGUAAAUGAAAGUAAAAUACAUAGUGUGAGUAAUAGUGACUUGUUAACUGAAUCAGACAGUGAAACAGAACAUUUAACAAAUCUUGGGAGAAGGAGGAAUGUUCCAUAUUUGGGUGGUGGAAGCUGUCGAAGGAAAAGCAGAAAUGAAAUGUCCAGUUUGCAGUCAACUGGAAGAAGCAAUGACUAUGAAAUAGGAACAGACAUAAAGUGGAAAAAGAAAACUAAAGUCAUUGAAGAAUUUGAGAUAGAUGGAGAUGAGUUACAAGAGCUGUACUGUAAAAAAGGAACAAAAGGUCAGCAAAUUGAAUUGGGAUUUGAAGAGAGUAGGAGUAGCAAGAGAAAUAGAUUUCAAAACUUAGCAGUAGAUUAUGAGUUAGGGAAUUUAAGAUCAAAGAAGAAAUCAGGUGAAACAGACAUCAUUGAAAAACAGAAGGAACUAGAACGUAGAUAUUUGGAAGACAAAAAGUCUCAGGUAAAAGUUGUAUCCACAAGUACUGUUAUUAACUUGCUAAGUGAUGAUUCUUUGGAUGAUGAAUCCUCUGAUAAAAGUGAAAAAACUGUUGGUGAAAAAUUAUCAAAUAUCAGAUCAUAUGAACAAGAUGAUGGUCCUCAUGCAGCUGAUUCAGUGACUGAUCCUUCUGCAAGCUUUGAGCCAUGUGGCCCACUUAAAACAGGAAAGAGAAAAAGAAUAAGAAAACACAAGAAAAAGAAACGUAAUGAACAGCAGAGUGUGAUAGAAAAUGAAACUACAUAUGGGAAUAUACCUGAGAAGGCAGUAUUUGAUAGAGAAGUAGCAUACAAUUUUCCAUUUGCAAAACCAAGAAGUACAAAACAAGGAAUGCAGCCUAUAAAUCAGGGCAAACAUGUGUUUUUCGAAAGUGAAGAAGAAAUAAUUUCCAAUAAUGAAAAAGAGAGAAGUUCCGUUCAUGAUGUUGAGGUUCUCGCAACUGCUUCCAGUAUAUUUAGAAAAGAUUCUCAGCUUCCAGAGCAAAGCAGUAGAAAGGAAAGUUUUAGACAAACGCGUCAAAGAUUGACAGAACCAGUUGUUGUUGAAAUUGAAGGAGAAGCUACACUACCUAGCAGUUCAUCAGUUUUUGCACCAAGUAGAUAUCAACCCCAAAGGAGACAAAUUCCUAGUUUCAGUGACAGGCAGUUUAAGAAGCACAAAAAAGAGGAUUCAGAUGUAUUGUUCCCAGGGCAAGAUGUUGAAGAAGAAUUACAUCUGGGAGACAAAUUUAGAUAUUCUACACCAGUCAUGAAGAAGAAACCACCAGUACAAGUCCAAGAUGAUGAAUGUAUACAGAUGCUACGGUCUGAAGAUUAUCCAUCAGUUGAAAACAAGGCCAUUUCCCUUCCAUCUCAGCCAAGCGAUGACACUGAUGAUUUAGCCACCUUCAAAAGAAUUUGUGAAAAUAAUACCCUUAUGGUUGUAAAGGUUGAUCCAAGAAGGAGACCUCAAGUAAAGCCUCAAGUAAGAGAAACAAACAAGACAGGUAACACUCUAAACCUUGGUCCACCAAGCCAUUCAGACCACUGUACUGUAGAUGUAAGUGAAGAAAGUAGACAGACCUUCCAUAAUCUGACAAUGAUUGAAAAUAGUGAUAUGACUUUAAUCAUUCCAAGGGCUCGAAGGUCAUUGCGAGGUUCUGAAGAAAAAAGUGUAGGUGAGAGAAAUACAAAUUAUGCUAAUUCAGGAAAUAAUGUGGAGCAAGAGAACUGCUCACAGUCUGGGAAUGGCACAUGUACAGAAGUUCCACAACCUCAUGAUUCUAUAAAUUCAAUGCAAGACAGAAGAAACAGAAGUAAAAGUUGUGAAAUUAUUGAGAAUAACAUGGAAAGAACUCAACUGAACCAUCCCAGUAAUUCUAAUUCAAGCUCAGUGGAUACAAACAGUAAGUUAUCUCCAAAUAAGCCUGAAUUUGGAAUGCAUUCGCAUUACAGAAAAAAAAAUAGGCCAAGGGUUUUUCAGUCUGUUGGUGCAGUUCUUGCCAGUCUUAAGUAUUCAAAUGAGGAAGGCAGAGAACCAAUUGCUGAACCCACUUCAGGCAAGGAAAAGGUUCAUGAGGCAGCUCUUGAGCAAAAACUGUCACAGGCAGAAGUGUAUGCAUCAAAACAGUCUUCUGAUGCACAUAAAGAUUUCAGUACAGAAAGUAAUAAUGUACUCAAAGAAAAUGUAAAUCAAACUGAUGGUUCAAGAGCAGUAGAGGAUGAUGACAUUGUUCACUUGGAAAGUGAUGAAGAAGACCAUGUUGUCCAAACUAAAAAUGUAGUACCUGAAACUUUAGAUGAUUUAGACGUCAUUGAGGAGAGAAGAGAGAGGAUGCAGGGAAUUGCAGAACGAGGAGAGUUAAGUGAUGUGCAAAGACAUCAAGAAAUUAUGUUUUCAGAACAAUUUAAAAAUAUUCCAGGUAUCAUGGAAGCUGUUCCAGAAGGAUACAGAGGUUUCCCAGAAAUUCUAGCAAAGGUGCUAGGAGGAGGAGUUUCAAUGAAGCAUCUUCUUCCAGAGCAAGAGACCAUGUCACAUAGAGAGAAUGAGUUAAUUUCUAAAGAUAGUGUGAAAGAAAAGCAGGAGGUUACUCUUGAUGAUGAAAAGAGUAAUCAGCUUGUUUCACAAACUAGACAAGAUAUUUCAGUAAACAAAGUGCAUAGUGUGCCAGAAGAAGCCAGUGAUAUAGUGCCAGAGGACAGAGAAAAUUUGAUACUUGAAAGGAGAAAGAAUGAAGACUUAGGAGAAAUAUCAGAAGUUGUAUCAGGAAAAUUAAAGGGAAAGGAAGAGGAGGUUGUGCUAGAUGAGUUUCCUGAAGACAAAAAGAGGUCCCCAAUGAGAGAUGAUUUGUGUAUUACAAAAGAAGUCCAAGAAAGAGUUUUGCAGAAAGUAGAGGAUGAAGAUAUCAGAGUGGUGGUUGAUGAUGAUGUUAAUGUGCCAGGAGACCUAAAUAAUGACAGAGCUGUUGUGAAUAAAAAUGAUGACAGUAGAUCAGAUGUGAAAGUUGUACCAGAAACUGAGGAUUCUUCAAAGGAAAUGAAGGAUGAUAUGAAGAAGACUAAAAUGGAGCAGAUUAUUGAAUUGGCGAAGUCAGCUGAAGAUGAUGAUUUUGAAAAGUUUCCGCUGAUGGAAUCUGCUCCUAGAGUGGGGGAGCUUAUUGCGCUGAAAGUAGUUAGCCUUGAUGAAGGUUAUCGUCCUGUAUACUCGAACUAUGUAAAGGCACAAAUAUUGGCAGUGAAAGGAUGGAAAAUAAAGCUAAGAUAUAUUGAUGAUGUUGAGUCCAUGAAAAAGGGAGACAAAGAGGAAGUGGCUGAUGUAGAAGAGGUUGAUUUGACUUCCGAUGACGAGGAGCAAGAUGAUCUGAUUGAAGUGCUGGAUUGGCGUGACAUACAUGCUCCAAGGCUUCUUUAUCCUUGAAAGUGAUUAGAAUCACUAUUUUUAUUAUUUAUUUUAUUAUUUUAAUUGUUAUCUAUCAUCAGCAUCACAGUCAUGAUUAUGCUUUUUCAUUUAUAAUUUUUAUUUACAGAAUUUUAAUUUGGUUUGUUCCAAAACUAAUGGUAGUCAUUAGAUUGCUUAAAUUUGUAUGUAUGAUAAUUGCCCUCAUGUGGAGGGUUUAAAAGGACAUUAUGUUUCAUGUGUAUAGUUAAUACUAAAGAAGUCAGCUUGUAUUUGUAGUGCAAAGUUAUAUUCCUUUUGCUUAAUACAAGUGUAAGUAAUUCAAUACAGUUAUCGUUUAUUUCAUUUACUUCAUUUUUACAAAGAUGAUGGAACUCAUCUGUGACUUUUUGUGAUUCAGGUGACUGAAGGUUAUUUUUUAAAAACCUUUAUUUUUUAUCUUUAUAAAAGAUAGAUGCAUAUUUUAAGGGUGAUUGGUAAAUGAUAUUAUAAAUGCAGUGUUUUUGGUUAUGAAUGAUAGCUGAUGUCUACUACUUGAACUGUAUCAGUUGAAAGGAAUUUAAAUGUUUUUGUUUUUAUUCUUCUAUAGCAUAUAGUGAAUGAAAGUUGGUUAGUAUCAUUAUCUUACUAGUGUAUAACAGUAAGUAGAAUGUGACUUAUUUUUGGUGAAAGUGAAGUAAAACAAUUUGCUGUCUAGGUGUCAGACUUAAGAAGCCAAAUUUAUGCCAACUGUUUUAGGACAUUGUAUAAUUGUUGCUUUUUCUCCUACCCAUCAAAUCUGAUGCAUCACCAAAGAAAUAAAAAUCAGCAACCUUCCAUUUAUGUUUAAAAGAACUUCAAUAAAAUUGUCAUGUUAA